UCGCCAUCAACUGUUCCGUGGUGGAAUGAAUUAAAUGAAGAAAUUGAGAUUCAAGACGGGCGAGUCUGUUGCCGUGGCGUUGAGAAGAAAAUAAUUUGGAAAAGUUGAGCUGAGAUCGAGGCUGCGGCUGAUCCAUCUCCGUCCACCGGCCGGCUGGGAGAGAACGGCAAAAUUAAUUAAUAAUUAUCUGUGAUUAACUAAAUAGUUGAGUCUCAAGCUCUAAAGAUAGGUUCACUUAUCUCGGUCCCUUUUCUAGUCAUAAAUUACCAGUCGUAAUCAAUUUAGAGUAGUGUCAAUACUUGUCUCUCCAGUCAGGCAGGCCUCGCCUCAGUCAACGCAAGAUUUUAAAUUCAUCGUAUCUAUUCUCCAAAUUUGGUGGUAUAAUUUUCUAUAAAUUGUAACAAUAAUUUAACUACGGUCACAUCAUGAAGAGAAACAACGAAACAAGUGGAGAUGAUAACUCAAAUCCCUCCCCCGUCAGUAAGUUUAUGCGCCUCGACCUGGCCGCCCAGCAAUCUUCCUCGGCACUGGAAAAUCCGGAGGGUCACGGCCGCGGCAUCGUAGUGACGAGCAGUACUGAUGGGACGAGCUCCUCCUCCGACCCAUUUUGUCUGACCGAUUUGCAGGCUUCCAUCUACUCAAUCCUUCCUCCCACCCUUGCGUCCCCACCGCGCCCACCUCGUCCCAAGUCCCGGAGGGGAUGGUCGACGGACUUUGUUCAACGGUUGGAAGAUCCAGAAUCCACCUCGGACACUGCGGACAUUGCUCAAAGUUCGUCCGAUGGCAUAAGCAUCUUAUCCGGCAGUUUAGUGACCCCACCGUCAUACGUCGUCGCUCGCACGACUCGGGGAAGGAAUUUUAUGGACUCCGGAUCUCCUCUGACCGGACCUGGGGGGGCGAUGAGGGGCAGGAAGCGGGCUCGGAGUUCCUUGGCGACAGGGGAACUGGAGAGCUGGACCAACACAGUGUUGUCUUUCGGUCCGGGCGACCUGCCCAAAGAAGUUGAGGCCGCAUUGGGACCGUACUUUAGUAUGGUCGACAACUGCUCGGAGACGGAAACAGUACCAAACCUGACAAAGGAGGAGUACGUGUACCUCAGUACCAGCACCGACGCGAGUUCCAAGUCCACCACAGCGUUCUCACAUGUAGACAGGUUUACACUCAAGUCCGUCAGCCGAAAGCUCGACUUUGAUGAUAUGGAAAAUACUCCGCCGGCUCAAAAUCAGGAGAUUGAGGACGACUCUCCCCCACGAUUCAUACCUCCCCCACCACCACGUGAUCAGACGACUGAAGAUCCCGUCGGGUCCAUCCAUCUUCUGUGGGAUUCUCACCUGCAGAACAACAAUUCAGAUAAAGCAAUCCCCGUCGACAUGAACGAUUCCAUUGGCCAACCGGCCGCUGCAAGCACGCCGAUGCCCGCGUUGCAACCACCCGGAAAUAGUGGGCGCGAUGAAAACAAUUUUAUGCGACGACGCUCCGUGCUCGGUCAUCGCCAAGAUUCGCACAAGUCGCAAGCCUGGUUGGCCAGGAAGUGAUUAUCAGUUCUAGUCAGUUAAUUAAACGUGCUUAUCAUACGGAAAAUCUAUGUACAUAUAUCUGAAAAUAUCUUGUUCAACGGUAAAAUGUUUUGAUAAUGAAUCUAUUCCGUACCUAUAAUAUCAUAUCAAUAUUGAUUAUUACGCUGAGUAGAAUGGAAAUGUGUAGAAUGUUAAUUUGUAGUUUAUAUAGGAAAAACUGUCCAAAUUAUUAUCGUACAUGGUUCUGCAUUAAUAAAAAUAUGUAUAAUUUUCGAAAUAUAUUUUUCUACUCAACUUCAAACCUAGAUAAGAAAUGCAUGCAUAUUUAGAACGAUAUAAGUUCCAAUCUCGUCAGGGAUGAGCCAGUGAAAUUAUGGAAAACAGUCUCAUACAUCAUUUACGAUGUGUAGAAGUUAGCUUAGAAUGAUUAGAACACUAUUGAACA